AUGGAAGACCAACAUUCAAGGAGCCUGAUUUCGGUCAACACCUCCAGCAACACAGAGUUUAACCUGCUCCAAGUGAAUGGUACGUGGGUCCGGCGAAGCCAGCCAUGCCAGCUGGCAGAGGGAAAGUUAUCAGCGGCUAAAAUCUAUGAGAACAAGUCAGGCCAGGGGAUCUGCUGGACGGUGGUCAGCCCCAUCACAUUCACAUACAGAGUUGUUCAGUGUAAAGACCUGCUGGAUGCCCGAAAUGACACAAUGCUAUGGGGUCACAUCGGGGACCGAGAUGAACUGGAGGCCGCGAUGUGGAACCCCAGACCUGCCAAGCGUUUCGUUGUCAUCGAUGAGACUGUGAACCAGCUGUAUGGCUCCCAAGUCGCCCAGUACUUCGAGGCCAGAGAGAUUGUGCACAAGAUCCUCCCAUUGCCCACCACCGAGGAGAACAAGUCUAUGGAGCUGGUGACCAAAAUCCUGGGGGAGAUUCACGGCUUUGGCGUCGACAGGCGUGCCGAGCCCAUCAUAGCCAUCGGCGGAGGGGUAUGUCUGGAUGUGGUGGGCUUGGCAGCGUCCCUCUACCGCCGGAGGACCCCUUACAUCCGGGUGCCAACCACGCUCCUCUCUUACAUCGAUGCCAGCGUAGGGGCAAAAACAGGAGUUAACUUUGCCGGUGGCAAAAACAAAGUGGGAAGCUACGUCCCACCGGCUGCAACGUUUUUAGAUCGCUCGUUCCUCCAAACCCUCCCACGAAGGCAGAUUUCUAACGGGAUGGCAGAGAUGCUGAAGAUGGCCCUGAUGAAGCACAAGUGUUUGUUUGAGCUGCUGGAGGCUGAAGGCAGGAACUUGCUUGACUCCAACUUCCAGUCCUCCGACAGUGCCGCUGAAUCCACAUGCAUCGCCAUCCAAACCAUGCUGGAGGAGCUGGCCCCUAACCUCUGGGAGGAUGAUCUGGACAGGCUGGUGGAUUUUGGUCACCUGAUCAGUCCUGAAUUAGAAAUGAGAGUUUUGCCAGCAUUGCUUCAUGGGGAGGCAGUUAAUAUCGACAUGUCCUUUAUGGUGUACGUGGCCCAGCAGAGGGGGCUGCUCACUGCAAGGGAGAGGUCUCGGAUCAUCCAGUGCAUGUCAGGGCUGGAGCUGCCUGUAUGGCACCAGGAGUGCACGCUUGCUUUGGUAAAAAAGUCUUUAGACGAGCGUCUGAAACACUCGGCCGGCUCUCUGAGGAUGCCUCUGCCCACAGGACUGGGACGUGCAGAGAUCUUCCACGACGUGACUGACGAUAUCCUGUGUCAAGCUUACCAGAGAUGGACUGAUGAGCUCUCUUCAUUUAGCCACAAAUGA